GAAAUGUGAAAUCUAUAAGACGAUUAAAGUGAAGUAGUAUAUUGUGCGGUACCAAGUAUUCGUUAAUUAAGCGUUAGCGUUGACGUUAAUUUGAACAAAUAGAACUAUAUUUUUUUUUGUACUGGGUAUUUUGCACGGACGGCUGCACCGAUGGGAACUUCCAGCUGGGACAAGUUUCUGCUUCUGUUUUGGAAAAACUGGAUCAUACAAAGGCGGCAUUAUGUGCAAACCAUCUUCGAGAUACUCAUACCCGCAUUAUCGUGCGCAGUGCUAAUCCUUAUCCGAGGUCUAAUGGAUGCAGAGGUGAUUAGGGAGCCAACUGUGUGGAAUGCGCUUCCGACUGAUACCAUAGGACAUAUAUUGCCUGAAUCAAAUCCUACUAUUGAUCCACCCAUUCACUACGCACUGGCAUAUUGUCCAGAAAACCCAAUUGUGACCAGAUUGGUUUCCAAUGCAGCACAACAAAUCAGGGAACCUAUGGAGAUUCUACCUUUCCAGUCAGCUCUUGAAAUGGAAAAUUUUCUUCGUCACAAUAACACAUUGGUGGGAAUUGAGUUUCCAGAAAAUUACCAGACGCUCAGUGUGCUUCCCAACAAGGUGUCCUAUUCUCUGCGGUUCCCAGCAGAAAUGCGAACAUACCGCGACGACUUUUCGGCGUUAUGGGCCAAUUGGUACACAGAGCUUAUGUUUCCGCAGUUCCAGAUAGCAGGGGCCAAAGACCACGACAGGGAUGACGGAGGAUAUCCAGCGAAUUAUUUCAACGAAUCGUUUGUUGCCGUACAGAGUGCGGUCGAUCGAGCCAUCAUACUAGAGCACAAUCCGGCCAUGGAAUUUGCAACAGUUUUCUUGCAGAGAUUCCCCUACCCACCGUAUUACCGGGACCUUUUGCUAGCAGGUUUGGAAAAUUUACUACCGUUGAUAAUUGUGAUUGCAUUUUUCUACACCGCAAUCAACACCGUGAAGUAUAUCACAGUCGAGAAGGAACGGCAACUGAAGGAAACCAUGAAGAUUAUGGGUUUGUCCACGUGGAUACAUUGGAGUGCAUGGUUUGUUAAGUCCAUCCUGUUGCAGACGGUAUCAAUUUCUUUGAUUGCGGCCUUACUUUGCGCUAGAGUUGCUACAAACAGCGAUCUGGCCGUAUUCGAGCAUUCCGAGUGGAGCGUGGUCUGGAUAUACCUGUUUGUGUUCAGCGUCACGUCUAUUUGCUACUGCUUCAUGAUGAGCACAAUAUUUUCGAAAGCAAACGUCGCAGCAGGUGUCUCUGGACUAUUUUGGUUCAUUAUGAUGGUACCUUAUACAAUAGUGUUUGCAAAUUAUGCUUCCCUCACGCUUGCCGUAAAGCUAUCACUAUGCCUGUUCUCGAAUUCAGCGAUGUCAUUCGGAUUUAUGUUGAUAAUGAGGCACGAAGGCACCUCCAGUGGUCUACAGUGGUCCAACUUGUUCGAACCAGUGACCGUUGACGAUAAUUUAACUGUUGGCUACACUAUGGUAAUGUUAAUGAUCGAUGCAUGUUUGUAUUUGCUAGUAGCAUUGUACAUCGAGAAGGUGUUCCCUGGCGAUUUUGGUGUUGGACAACCAUGGUACUUCCUUUUCUCCAAGAAGUUUUGGAUGCGAAGAACGAAAGUUUCAUCUUAUAAUAAAUCGACUUAUGUGGCCGAUAACAACGACAUGGAAAAAGAACCAACGGAUAAACGAGCUGGAAUACAGAUACAGAACAUGCGAAAAGAGUAUGGCAAGAAUAAAAUAGCCGUCAGUGGAUUGAGUUUGAAUAUGUACGAAGAUCAAAUAACUGUCCUGUUAGGACAUAAUGGCGCAGGAAAAACAACAACAAUGUCUAUGUUGACGGGAAUGUUCGCACCUACUUCAGGAACCGCCACUAUCAAUGGGUUCGAUAUAACCACGGAUAUGGAAUCCGUUAGAGAAUCACUUGGAUUGUGUCCACAACACAAUGUUCUAUUCGAUGAAUUAACCGUAUCGGAACAUAUUGAAUUUUUUGCCCGACUUAAAGGGGUUUCAAAACAAAACAUUAAGGCGGAGAUCGAUCAUUAUGUGAAAAUACUCGAAUUAGAGGAUAAGAUCGUUUCUCAAUCACACACACUCUCUGGUGGAAUGAAGCGUAAAUUGUCCAUCGGAAUUGCUCUGUGCGGUGGGUCUAAAGUUGUUCUAUGUGAUGAACCUACCUCAGGCAUGGAUCCUUCUGCUCGACGAGCUUUAUGGAAUUUACUAAUUAAGGAGAAAAAAGGACGUACCAUUUUACUAUCCACGCACUUCAUGGAUGAGGCCGACAUUCUUGGCGAUCGAAUAGCAAUAAUGGCGGAUGGCGUAUUGAAAGCUGUAGGAUCCUCAUUUUUUCUGAAGAAACGCUUCGGAGUAGGAUACAGAUUAAUUUGCGUCAAAAAUACGGAUUGUGAUGUUGGAACACUGGAGAAUCUGUUGAAGGCAUACAUCCCAGAUAUUGAGUACGACACUGAUAUCGGAACGGAACUGUCAUUUGUUCUUAAUGAAAGUUAUACCCCGAUAUUUCAGCAUAUGCUACAAGACCUUGAGGACAAUGCUCACAGAUUGGGAAUUAAAAACUAUGGCAUAUCGCUAACCACUCUAGAAGAAGUAUUUUUGAAAGUGGGCAGUGACUCAAAUAUCUUGGAUAAAAGUCAAACUACAAAUGAACUACACGCAACCGUUUCCGAUCUGAAUAUGGCUUCAACAGUUGAACUGUACGCUGAAAAUCAGUCUCUUUUGAGUGGAAUUGAACUUACUUUGAACCAAAUUCGUUCAAUGUUCCUCAAGAAGAUGAUAUCCACGAAAAGAAGUUGGGCCCAACUGUUAAUACAGGCGAUCAUUCCUGUUUAUUUUAUGGUUGCAACAGUUGUGAUAGUACGUGCGUUUCCUGGACUGAAGAAUCUUCCACCGCUGCCAAUUUCCGUGCACAAUUAUUCAUCCACCAUUACUUUGUUGGAAACCAAUACAAUGAAUGACACUAUCGUUGAAGGAUAUCAGAAACUUUUCCGAGGUUAUCCUACCUCCCACCGAUUGCAGAUAAUCAGUAGAAACAUGACAGAGUACAUCCUGGACUUAUCCGGUGCGAAUAUCGGUCUAGUGAACCGAAAAUACAUGACGGCUGCCACUUUGGGAGACUACAACCACACAGUUUGGUUCAACCCACAAGGGUAUCACACAGCUCCUUUGGGAAUUGAUUAUCUGUAUAAUGCGUUGCUGAAAACUCACUGCGAGACAUGUGAUAUAAAUACGAUCAACAAACCGCUUCCAUAUCAGCCAAAUACAAGGUUCACUUUGCUUCAAGCCGGCAACAAUCUCGGAUUUCAGUUAUCAUUCAACACAGGAUUCGCUAUGUCGUUCAUAGCAGCUAUCUACAUAUUAUUCUAUAUCAAGGAGCGUACGUCACGUGCCAAACUGCUACAAUUUGUCAGCGGAAUCAACGUAUUCACGUUCUGGAGUGUGUCUUUCAUAUGGGACUACUUCACGUUCAUUGUUACUGCGCUGGUUUACCUCGCCACGCUUAUUGCUUUCCAGGAGGAAGGUUGGUCCACUACGGAAGAACUUGGACGAGUAUUCCUGAUAGUUUGCGUUUUUGGGUUGUCUUUUCUACCGAUAACGUAUCUGUUCUCGUUUUGGUUCGAAAUACCAUCUACAGGCUUCGUGAAGAUGAUGAUAAUCAACAUAUUCAGCGGAUCGGUUUUCUUCACCGCCACAUUCAUACUAAAGUUUGAUGCAUUCGAUUUGGCCGAUAUUGCUGGUAUCUUAGAAAGGAUUUUCAUGAUAUUUCCACUAUAUUCGUUAAGCUUGAGCUUGAGCAAUAUAAACGACAUAGUCACAACAAAAUCCAUAUGUGAUCAACAGUGUGCAGCAAUUCCAUUCUGUACACAGGAUAUCAUGUGUACUCAAUUCCCGAAGUGUUGUAAUACGGAUAUAUUUACAUGGGAUACACAUGGAGUCAAUAGACAACUGGCUUACAUGAUACUUAUUGGAGUCAUAUCAUUCAUCGUGCUACUUAUAGUUGAGUUUCGAUUGGUUCAACGGAUUUGGAACCAGCAAUACACAAACGAUCACCAAAAUCUUCCGGAAAGUUCACACUCAGGCAUAGAUGAUGAUGUUUUAAUUGAAAAGCAAAAAGUAAACAGAAUGUGUGAACGCGAAAUAUCGAACACCAAUCUGGUGAUACAAGACCUAACGAAAUAUUACAAACGCUUCUUGGCCGUCAAUCAAUUAAGCGUUUCAGUGGAUACGUCGGAAUGUUUCGGGUUAUUGGGAAUCAAUGGUGCCGGCAAAACGUCAACAUUUAAGAUGUUAACAGGAGACGAAAAUAUAUCAUCCGGCCAAGCAUGGAUUAAGGGUAUCAACUUGAAAAGUAAUAUGAACGAGGUACAUAAACAUAUCGGGUAUUGUCCCCAGUUUGAUGCCGUAUUGGAGGACUUGACAGGUCGCGAGACAUUGAAGAUUUUUGCACUAAUCAGAGGAAUUCCAGAUCACGACAUACGAACAGCAUCGGAAAAAUUGGCAUUGGAAUUAAAUUUCAUGCAACACAUCGAUAAACGGAUUAAGGAAUACAGUGGUGGCAACAAGCGAAAGUUAAGUACGGCACUUGCAUUGCUCGCGAACCCCACAGUGGUAUAUCUGGAUGAACCGACAACCGGUAUGGAUCCAGGUGCGAAGCGGCACUUGUGGAAUGUUAUACUUAAUGCGAAAAAGUCUGGCAAAUCGAUAGUUUUAACGUCCCAUAGUAUGGAAGAAUGUGAGGCACUGUGCACGCGUUUGGCCAUCAUGGUAAAUGGUGAAUUCAAGUGCCUAGGAUCAACGCAGCAUUUGAAGAACAAGUUUUCCAAGGGAUACUUUCUGACCGUUAAAAUCAAAAAGAGAGCUUUGGACAUGACAAGUGCAAAAGGACGAAAUGCGGUUAUGGCUUACAUAAUGGAGAACUUCGAAGGGGCGUUGCUAAGGGAAGAUCAUCGGGAUUCGUUAACAUUCCACAUAGCCACUUCGAGCAUGAAAUGGUCAACGAUGUUUGGAUUGAUGGAAACCGCCAAGAAAACACUAGAAAUCGAAGACUACGCUUUGGGGCAAACCUCUUUGGAGCAAGUGUUUUUGUUUUUCACAAAAUACCAAAGAAUAACGGACGAAAUGUAAAAUCGAUAAAACUUGAAAAAAUACAAUGAUUC